CUCCGGGUUUUUUCUCCCCUCCUUCCCUGGAUACGCCAAAAUACAGAGCGGGCGGGAGAAACUGGAAGGCGCUGCCUAAAGGGAGCUCCGGCGCGGCGGACCUCGCCUUCCGUUGUCCCCCCGACCGGGCUGGCGCCAUCCAUUUGGUGGAGCUGCGCUUCUGCAAUUUUGAGGGGUCAUGGACCGGUACGAAGAUGUGUCAGAUUGUGAAGUGGAUCACUCCUUCUUUGACAGUGAUUUUGAGGGAGAGGCUAAGAAAGAUGGAACCACAAGAAAAUCAGCCAAGACAGAAAAUACUGAUCACAAUCAAAUAGAUGGUACAAAUGUAAGUAAGCCUGGCUUAAAGACGGAUCCGAAAGUGGCUGAGGGUGUUUACACUAAUGAAGAAAUGAAUGAAAAAGAACCACAGGUGGAGCAUGCCUCCCACAACGGUACUAAUGAGAACGCUUUGCCAUUAUUUCCCCUAAAUUUAGAAAAUGCAAGUACGUCUGGCAGAACCUCAGCACAAGGUAAAAUAACGCAUAAAACAGGUUUUCCGACUCAAGUUCCCAAAAUAGUUAAGGAACAUGAAGAAAAUUACUAUACAGAUGAAGAAGACAGCAGCGAUGACAGCAGAAACCAGAAAGUUAGACUUAAGUUGUCUAAGCAGUCUAGUAGCUCCAAGAUGGUCAAGAAAACCGCAGUCAGUACUUCCUCUUCUUCCUCUUCCCCUUCAUGUACAUCCGAUACGGAUUGUUCUGAUGCUGAUUCUGAUGGUUGCUUGUCAGAUUCCUCCUGCUCGCCUUCAAAAAAGAAGGAUGUAUGUAGCUUUGCACUUCUUUCUCCAAGACAAAAAUCUAAACCUGGAAUAAAGUCAGUAGAAGUAAAACCCAAGUUGUGUGACUGUGCAGAAGAGUCUGAAGAUACAGUGACGGAUGUAACCCCUCUGUCGACGCCAGACAUCAGUCCUGCAAGUUCUUUUGAACUUGCCGCCUCCAAUGAUAAGAAACUAAAGAUAAAAAGACAAGAAAAUGUGAGCCAGGAUGUAUAUGAACCUGAGAAGGAACGCAGAUGUCAUCAAAAGGUCUUGCACGAGGCUGUGGACCUGAAUCAUCUCUUGAAAGCCUUUCUGCAGUUGGAAAAAAAGGAACAACAGAACCUGGUGUUGGAUCCGCCUUCUAUAGGAUCAAGGAAAAACUACUCGUUCACAAAUGACGAAGUACGGCAAAUUGAUCAGGAAAACCAAAGACUCUUAAAAGAACUAGCAAAACACUCUGGAAAGCCCAGAAGCAAAAGUGCCUCUCUGAAGAAACCUUCAGGCCCAGCACCCAAGAUGUACCACAGUGCCAUCAACAGGCAAAAGGAACAACAGAGGAUUGACAGAGAGAAUCUGGCUUUUUUGAAGAGACUGGAAGCAGUGAAGCCAACGGUUGGCAUGAAGCGCUCCGAGCAGCUGAUGGACUACCAGCGCCAGAUGAGCUACCUAAAUGCAGCUCCUCCAGCCCCAAGGCGAGGAAAAUCUGCUCUAAGCCACCACAGUCCUUCUAGAGGUGCCUCACGAUCAUCCAGUCACAGUGCAUCCAGUACGGCAAGCCGGAGGAGCGAAAGACCCGUGUUUGACUCUUCCAGGGGGGGCCUCCAGCGACUGAAUUCGGCUAAGGUUCAAGCUGCCUGGCUAUAAGUUCCUGGCAUUCUAUCACCAGAUUUCUAAUUCCAGUGUUUCUGCAGAUUGCUGUAAUUCUGUGCAAGAGUAUUGUGAUAGUCGUUGUUUGGUGAUUAAAGAACACUGUAAAAUGAUAAUAAAUGCAAAUGGAUACUAAAUUGAGUUUUGAGCAGGUAAAGUCUCUAUUGGUCUAAUAUCUUCCCAAUCUGUAUUUCCUAUAAGAGAAUACAUUUAUUUGUACAGGAGAAACGACAAAUGAAUCCUGUAAAUAUUUUUCAUCAAAUAUCCAAUGAUGUUUUGGUUUUGAAAAGUGGAGGAACUGAAUAGCUAUACUUUCGGACCAUAGGUUUGUAAAAAGCCAUCUUUUCAUUUUAAAAUUACAAUUAAAAUUUUGUUUUAUCUUGAUUUCUUAUCGUAUAGCUGGUAUUUUUAAUUUAGUAUAUGAUUCUGUUCCUGCAAAAUGUUGCAGUGUAAAUUACAUUGCUGAUAUCAAAUAUGGUACUUUGCAGGGUUUUAUGGAAACAGGAGAAAGGACAUGUGCUAUUUAAUUCAUCUGUUAUUUGGGUAAACCUUAAAAUGGUGGUUCGUAGCUGGAAGAUGCAGAGUGUGAACCAAGACCUUUCAGCACACCUUUUGCUUGCUCUUCUUCAGAUCUUUAUUCUGAGAAGUAAUUUUGUUUUGUGAUCAGUUCUCCUUGUUUAAUAUUUCAUUAUUGCACUGUCGCUACUGCGCUGGAUUUUGUCCGUGAUUUCCUGUAAUAACGUCACAAUCCAGUUUUCGGUAGGGAAGCUUUCCCUUUUGUGGGUUAAAUUCUGCCUUUAACAAUAAUUCGAGUGUCUGAUUAGUAAACUUUUAAACAAUAAUGUGGGAAAGAGUGGCCUUCCUUGUUGACUUGUAUCGUGACCAAUGGACAGCUCUGCCAAUAUAUAAUGUGUUUGCACAGUAAUGCUGAUUGAAAUGUCUUUUAAAAUUGCCUCUUGAAUGAAAUACAAGUAAGCAGCAAUUUUGUGGGCGCACUUUUUAAUUAUGAGCACUUUUUAAACCUUUCCCUUCUCUUUGAUAAAAUACGUUGUUUUCCUUGAUAGUAAUGUAUUGUGUGCUCGGUUUAAAUAACCACAUCUUCAAGUUCUGCUGGAAUGUUUAUGGGUGACAUGAAUUUGUAUGUGAUUUCUUUUUAAAACUUCCAAGUAAAAUGUUUAAUGGAAUAAUAUCUGUACUAAAGCAUUGCACUCCCUUUCUGUGAGUAAUUCCUCCAAGUAUUGUAAACAAAAUGAGAUAUAUUUGCAGGGUCUUAUUUAAUUAAAUUUGUAAUACUGUUGAAUUCUUUCUGCUUCUAAUUAAAUUUUCUUUCUGUGGGCUACUUACUUCAGACAGAUUCUGUUGAUUUCCCCAUUAUCCCUUGAUGUGGUAAAUCGGGUUUCCUGUUGAAUGAUUGUUCUGUAAAAUGUGACACAGAUUUAUUGUUUGUUUGGAAUAUAGUCUUGUGAGUCCCAGAGGCUGAAUAUCAAUUAUCAUAGUAGAAUAAAAUCAUUAUGGUAGUUUAUAUAUACAGCAGGGAGUUGUAACCUAUUCCUGCCAUUGAGGUGUGGGGGGUGGGCAGUAGAAAAGA